AUUUGGUUCGGUUGGGUACAGCUUGGUUGCCCUACUGUUAUAAACGAACCGGAUACGCAUAUAUGUGUCCCUCUUCUUCUCUUCCAAUAUUCCUGCAAUUCACAUUCGCUUGCUCAAAUUCAUUACUAAAAGAUGGCUGACCCAGAAUUAGAAGCUAUCAGGCAAAGGAGAAUGCAGGAGCUCAUGGCUCAACAGAGCAUGGGAAGUCAGCAAAACCCUGACCAGCAGAAAGCCCAGGAUGAAGCUAAAAGGGAGGCUGAUGAGCGAAGGCAAAUGAUGCUUACUCAGAUUCUGACUUCUGAAGCAAGGGCUAGAGUUGCUCGAAUUGCUCUUGUGAAGCCUGAUAAGGCCAGAGGAGUGGAAGAUGUUAUACUCAGAGCUGCUCAGUAUGGGCAGAUCACAGAAAAGGUUUCUGAGGAGAAACUUAUACAAUUACUUGAACAAAUUAACACCCAAACUACAAAGCAAACGAAAGUAACAAUCCAGAGGCGCCGGAAUGUUCUUGAGGACGACGAUUAGAGUGCUACAAGAUAUGGCAGGCUUGAUUAUAUAGUGCUGUAUUUGUAGUUUAUAUGAGACAUGAUUGCGGUUUGCACUUUGCAAUGUACACUCACAAAGUUUAUCAACCUCUUGGCUAUUUUAGUAUUGUGUUGAUAUGAUUGAGUCCUGUUUUCCAGGUUGAGAUUGCUUCUCGUGUAAUAGUUGUCAAGAGAGAAAUAGAAUGGGCUUAGAGCCCGUUUGGGUUAGCUUAUUAAAAGUUUGUUAAUGACAUCAAGUGCUAAAAUGAGUAGCUGCAUAUUUGAAUGGAAGUGAUGUAGCGGAUAAUAAGCAGACUUGGCGUUUUUA